AUUCAUGUUGUCGUGUUUCAUAGCGUUCACAGAGCAAAGUUAAAGCACCUGAGUUACCCUUUGAAGACCAAACAUAAUAUUCACCUGAAAAGCCCAAACAAAAGUGACAUCAGCCCACGUACCUUCAAAUAGGCUGGGGUCAGACUGCUCAUGUAAGUUUUCAUCAGCAGAACUGGCAUGGAUCAUCAGAGAAGAUUUGGCAUCCUUGUUAGAACUAUUGUUUUACAAUGUUUUAUGAUGAAGAGUGUGCUUUGCAUUCAGAAAAGAGAAUGGAUUGACGCCCCAACAGCAAGAUUAACAGAAGGAGAUGUAGCCUGUUUUUCUGAAUACAUGGAGAUGUGGAUACACAGUGCGAGGAUUGAGGGGUUGGGACUCUGGCUGUCUGGGGCCUUACAGAUCCAAGUCAGCUUUGCUUCUCUGGAUAACCUGAACCUCCAGCUGUCUGCCUGUGGAUUCUCACUGCACAAAGACCCUGACAAAAACUUUAUUUUUAGAGCCAGUUUCACUGGAUGUUUCGUUCAGCAACAGCAUGGCUACCAUGUCCUGACACUGAAUUUGGUGAAAAGGAUAAGUCGAUUCGGAGGCAGACCUCACAGUUUCCUGAUGAAGUGUCCUGUUGUUUCUGUGCUGCCUAGCAGAGAGAAAAUCCAGUGUGACCCAGAGUAUAUUCAGGUGACCAGACAAGUUCCCUAUGACAACUGGCAUAAUGAGCUGCAGUGGUCUCUGUCUCUGAGCGAUCACCUCGUUGUAGCUCUGGAGGAUGCCAGCCUGAUCCAGAUGAGCAUUGACAUGAACGGGCCAGACAUCACAGUUCAAGGCAGGAGAAGGGAGGUCUUGAGCCCUGUCAAAGUGAUGGAAAAUGAGGGGGACUUCUUGGCCUUGAAGCUGGUCAGUGGUCAGUAUGCCUACAGUAUGGAAGCUACGUGUCCUAAAGUGACCACGUCCACACCAGAAGAGACUGUGCUGCCCAUUUUCAAACGACGUAUGGGUUUGACCAAGCGAGGCAGCUACGAAAACGAAGAACUGACAGUCAGUAAUGUGUCGGUGAACCAGACGAAUCAUUUCACUGUGCAUGAGACGGGUGAAUUUGUGACACUGAUCAUUCCUACAGCCCAAAUACUCCAGACCAAGACCUGCACAGACAACAAACAACUCCUGCAGCCGUUCUACAGGGUGGAUGUUGUGCUCACCUUCAAAGAGACAAAUCACAAAAUGCAGUGGACCAUGGAGAACACACUGCCGUGCACAGCCAGGCCUGAUGCACCACACAUCACAUCCUCUCCUGUUUCAAACACCACAGCUCUGUCCAUGCUCAACUUUAAACACCAGAGUUUAACUACAGAGCAGCCGUUGAUGGACCGCUCCACCAUCCCUGUAGGGAAACUAAAUGAGAGAGCUCCAUUCAAAGAGAUGACUGCAGAGUUUUCCACGACUAAUUCACCUCACACAGAGACAGAGACCCGCAGCUUUAAUUUCCACACUGAUGAGGUGUCAAGGAGUCAAAGUGGAAAUUUGUCUUUCAGAGCCAGAUAUCGUUGAGUCAUCAGCUGAACCAUCAGAAGCAUCUGUCCUCACAACGGUUCAACCUGAACAAGAAAACCAAC